AUGGACGCGGCCACAACCUCGACCAACUCGGCGCCGCGGCUCACCGUGCAGCAGCCCUCGGCCACCUCGACCAGCUCAGCACGCUCACGCAUCCUCGUCCCCGUCCCCAUCCUCCGCUCCCUCAAGCUCCAGACCGGAGACCCCGUCGCCGCCGUCGCAGAUGCUCGCAAAGACGUCUUUGCGGUCGGCACAGUGUGGCCCUCAUUCUCGCUCGAUGCUGCCGCCGUACAGCUGCCACCCUUGCUCCUCGCUUCCAGCGGCAUCCAGCCCGACGAUGUCGUCACCCUCUCCCCUGCCGCACCCACCAAUCGCUCCGCCAAGCUACCUGUCGCAAGCAGCGUAAAGUUCUCGCUCCAGGGGGCAUCAAAGAUGUCGGCAGAGGACAAAGAGCUGCUCGGCGUCUUUGUCAAAGAGACUCUCGUCGACCUCGAGUGCCUUCAUCUCGGCCAGUCUCUCACUCUCUCCUUCCAGGGCGCUUCCCACACCCUCGUCUUGGCAUCGGCCAAGGAUGCUCAAGCUCAGCAGAUUCCGACCCUCCCCACAUCACCGAACAGGACCAACUCGGUGUUCCUCGUCUCUCGGCAGACUCAGGUCAGCCUCGUCUCCGCCAAGAAGGUCGAGAGCCAAGCGACAAUCGAUUCGGAUGCUGCCACCACUGCGGCCGCUGCCGACGAGCAGCGCAUUCAGGCUGCCUACGCCUCCCUCGGUGGUCUGGAUCGCCAGAUCCAAGAGAUCCGCGCACUCGUAGAGAUGCCUCUGACCAAGCCAGAGAUCUUCAAACAGUACGGCCUGCGUCCGCCAAAAGGCGUGCUCCUCUUCGGCCCACCGGGAACGGGUAAGACGUCGCUCGCCAAGGCCGUCGCUGCUUCGACCGGCUCGUCGUACCUCACCAUCAACGGACCCGAGCUCUCGUCGGCAUUCCACGGCGAGACCGAGGCCAAGCUGCGGGAUGCCUUCCGCCAGGCGCGGCGAAAGAGCCCAUGCGUCGUCAUCAUCGACGAGAUCGAUGCUUUGGCGCCGAGGAGAGAGGGCGGCAGCGGCGAUGGCGGGAAUGCAGACGGCGCGGGAGAGGUCGAGCGGCGCGUCGUCGCACAGCUGCUCACGCUGCUCGACGGAAUGGACGACGACGAGCCCGAGCAGGAUGGCGGCAGCGAUGACGAGGGUGCCGAUGGCGAACUGGCCAGCUCGCUCACCAACAGGAACAGCAAGGGCCCGCCUCGUGUCGUCGUGCUCGCCGCCACAAACCGCCCCAAUGCCAUCGACCCCGCUCUCCGCCGGCCAGGUCGCCUCGACCGCGAGAUCGAAAUCGGUAUCCCGACCGCCGACGCCCGACGUUCGAUCCUCACUGCGCAGCUGCGGGCCGUCCCGCAUUCGCUCACGCCGGAGCAGAUCGAGGACCUGGCUUCCCGGACGCACGGCUACGUCGGCGCCGACCUCUCGGCGCUGGUCCGCGAGGCGGGCAUGCUGGCGGUGCGGAGGGCGUUUGAUCGGCAGGCCGGAGCCAUGGACGUAGUGAAUGGCAGCAGCGGUCUCGAGGAGAAGCUGAGCUCGAUGGCUCUCGACAGUGCCGUGUCAUCGCGUAGCGACGACGGACUUACCUUCGACGACUUCCUCUCGUCUCUGGCGCUCGUCCGGCCCUCGGCCAUGCGCGAAAUCUUCCUCGAGGCGCCCAAAGUUUACUGGUCCGACAUUGCCGGGUCCGACGCCGCACCGUCGGCGCCGGGCGUCGCUGGCGGGCUGUCGUCCAAGUCGGUCCACUCGCAGGUGCGCGAGCUGGUCGAGUGGCCGCUCAAGCACAAGGCCGUUUUUGAGCGGCUCGGCGUCAAGCCUCCGCGCGGCGUGCUCCUCUACGGCCCGCCGGGAUGCAGCAAGACGCUCAUCGCCCGCGCGCUCGCCACCGAGAGCGGUCUCAAUUUCAUCGCAGUCAAGGGGCCGGAGCUGUACAGCAAGUACGUCGGCGAGAGCGAGAGGGCGGUGAGGGAGGUCUUUAAGAAGGCGCGCAACGCCGCGCCGAGUAUCGUCUUCUUUGACGAGAUUGACGCUCUGACGACGACGCGAAGCAGCGAUCCGGACUCGUCCGGACCUUCUGACCGGGUGAUUGCGUCCCUGCUCAACGAGAUGGACGGCAUCGAGGCGCUGCACAACGUCAUUAUUGUCGCGGCCACGAACCGACCCGAGAUCAUCGAUCCCGCCCUGCUGCGCCCGGGGCGUCUCGACCGACUCCUCUACGUCGGACCGCCCGACCUCGCCACGCGUCGGCAGAUCUUCAUCAACCAGACCAGGAAGAUGGCCGUGGGCCCGCUCGACUUUGACAAGCUGGCCGAGAUGACGAACGGCUGUUCGGGCGCCGAAGUCGUGUCCAUCUGUCAGGAGGCCGGCUUGGUAGCCAUGAACCUCGACAUCUCAGUCGAUCUCAUCUCGCAAAGUCACUUUGAGGCUGCCGCCCUGGCCGUCAAGCGCCGCAUCACCCCCGCCAUGAUCCGCACCUACGAGGCCUGGAGGGACAACCUGACCAUCUGA